CACAAGUCACUCUGACCUCUUCAGAAAAUAUUUUAAUCUUUCUGUGCUGCCAAAAGGUGUUCCUCCAGCCUCUGUGCAUGAGUUUGUGUGUUCAGUAUAUUUCUCUGUAUUGAAACGUUUUAUCGUAGUUAUAGUGUGUUUGUCUGAGGCCUGUAUUCACCAGCUUGAGUGAGUUUCAGCAGAAAGCUUUCUAACUUUUCAUUUCCAUUCACAUCAAUUUCUAAUGUAAAAUGAUCAGAUUAAGUAAUUCUUAUGUAAUCUGCUUUCUUAAACAGUCUUUUGUGUUUGUGGGAUCUAAUAAGUGAAUUAUGCAGAUGUGCUUGUCCAGCUUUGCGUUAUUAAAAAGCUUAUCCGGUUCUGAGGUUCAGUAAUCCAGAUGAGGGCUAAAAUGCUCCACAUGCCUGCUGUGUCUGUUCUUGCUAACCAGCUUGGGUGACCUUUGCUGCAUGUCACGUGCUUCUCUGUGAGAAUAAAACCUUUGAGCAAAAAGCCUCGGACGCAGAUUUUGAUUUCAGGCUCAGUUCUCCGUUUCUUACAUGGAAUAGGAAGCUGAGCCUCACUGCUAGGGUUGCCCAAGAUUUUGGAUUUGACAGCCCUGACUACCUUCCUAAUCCUAAAUACUUGCUGGUGUGAUGUACAGCAUUGGCUUGCCACAAAAUCAGAUUCAUGACUGUUCAAGUCAAAAGUGCUCCAAGGCCAUAAAUGUAUUUCUCACUGCUCCGUUACAUCUCAUGUCGCGCUGCCCCAGAAUUCUGUUUCCAGCUGUUAGCACAGCUUUGAGGUUCCCAAGGCCCCCACAGUGCCCUGGCUCAGGACACCCUCCCAGAGCAAUACUCCCCCAGGCCUGACUGCCUGCCUGCCUGGAACUCUUGGCAACCAAGCAGCCAGGGGAGGAUCAGGAUGACCGGGCGGCUGAGAUAAGGACCACAUGAAGUUCCCCACAUUACCUCACCCGAUAAGGAAACGAGCAGAGAUUCACGGAAAGCCAGAGCGAGAGAGGGAUAGAGACAGAGACGGUCAGACUUGGGAGGAUGUCUCUGGGUGGAUGGUGAUUCGCAGAGAAGCAGCCAUUGUUUAAGGGUCUGGGUGGAACUGGUGUCCCACAGAAGUCUCAUGAAGUCUCCAGAGGAGCUUGGAGCUGCCCGCAGCAGGAAAUCAUCUCAUUAAUAACUUCAUGAGAUCAGAUGAGCAUUUCUGCUGUUCUUCACUUAACUAGUCACAUCUCAUAUACAGAUUUGACUUCAAAAAUGUGCUCACACUAGAUGAAGGGAUGACCUCAGAUUCUGUUUUCUUUUGGGUCCAGCAAAGUACCUAGGAAAAGAAAGUAUCUCUCAUAGCAAUCUCCAGCACUGGAAAAUAAAGCUUCAUCCGUCCAAUGAAAACACACUGAAUGUAAUUUAAUUUCUCGAGACUUGAAGGGAAUCUACUGCAGCACUUUGGCAGCACUCAUGGCAGCGAAUCCUCUGGAAGGUCUCAUGUCGGUUGCAGAAAACCACCGGCUGGUUUCUGGCUGUGCAGCCGAGCCGCAGAGCCGGCAGCCUCUUUCGUCCCAGAGCCCAGCCUCCCUGCACGGACACAAGCUGAGCGUACGCAGCAGUCGGGAGUCCAAGAAGUGGCAGGUACAAUCAGUGUGCGGGUCCAGGUCAAACCCCGGUUCUGGUUGUGGGUCCGCGGUCCUGAACAGGGCGCUGAGGGCUCAGCACUCCCCGGAAAACGCAGCCCGAGAGAGGAGCAGAGUACGCAACCUGCGGCAGGCCUUUCACACUCUGCAGGCAGCUCUACCUUCAGUCCCACCUGACACCAAGCUGUCAAAGUUGGAUGUUCUGGUUCUGGCUACUAACUACAUAGCUCACCUGACAGAGACCCUAGACCAAGGAGGGAUGCUAACGGAGCACACGACCUCAAGGCCGGGUGGAUACCUGCAUCCUGUUAAGAAAUGGCCCAUGCGUUCUCUGCUCUACUGUGGGAGUGUGGGAGAGCUUUUGUCAGCCAGUCAGAUGACUCCACCUGGACAGGACAGGACACACCCACUGAGUCCUACCUUAGAAGGAGACAAUGAGUGAAAGCCUGUUUAAUGCUGUUUUAUAUCUUUAAUCGUAACCAGCUAUUGGUAGCAAAGGAGACAUCAAAAGACAUUCAUGUGCAGAGAUGGGCAAAUUUCAAAGGAUGUGGUGCACUGCUGCUGACGUGUGCUUAAAGACGAGCAAGGCAGACAUUUUUAUGUUACAUAUAAACAAUGAUGUUUUUGUCAAAGUACUUUUUUUAAUCUAAAUGCGGAAGUUAAAUGAACUUUAAUGAACCUGCAGCUAAGUUUUUACUUUCUGGUGUUGGAUUUCUUUCUUUUAAAUUAAAUGUGGUCAUGUGUCUUAAACAGAAAAUAAAAUGUGUUUGUGGAAA